UAGAUAUACACUAUUUUAUUCUUGAAUAAAUGGGAUUUGUGUGCUUGUUUGCGUUUACUCUUGUUGUCCGUCUGGUAUUAACAUUCGUUUCAGAAUCUGAAACUUAUAAAUUUGAAGCAGAAACUGGAGAAAGUCGCAGAUAGCAGACAAUUAUGUCUGCUGGUUGUCAACAGACGAGGAAAAGGGCACAAAUCUGAGUUGGUUGGAGGAUGGAGGGUUAGAGGACGGUCCUCUCACUGCCAGCUCACCCCCCUUCAGGAAAAGACGCGCUCAGGAGGACCACAGCCUCCUCCUCCUCCUCCUCCUCCUCCUUUAGAGCGCACUUCCUCUUCAAAGUAUCUGCGCUGAAGAGAGUUAGCUACUUGCUCUCUGCCUCAGCUUGCGCUGCUGGCGUCGACUGCCCUGCGAGGACUGGAAAAGACAAAGAAGAAGCUCCGACACUCGGCGAUCUGAGCCUGAUUAGAGCUUCUGGAUGUGGAUGUGAUAUGCAGGAGAAGAGGCUGGAGAGCAGGCGGACACUUCCUCUCACAAAUCAUACAUGACUGGACGACUCAUCACCCAAGGGUAGCUGUUCGCUGCUGGAGCGUGCGAACGGGAGGGAGCCUGCUGCUGAUUUCCCCGGCGUCAGACUUCAACGCGCCGCCGCCCUCGAUGGAGAAGCUCAUCUACGUCGUCACGGUGCCGCUGUCCACCUCCAUCGUCCUGGCCAACCUGGUCAUCGUCCUGGGCAUCUCCUGCAACCGGCAGCUCCACAACACGCCCAACUACUUCUUCCUCAGCCUGCUGGUGGCUGACAUGUGCACGGGCGUGGCGCUGCCCUUCAUCCCGCUGAUGGGGCUGAACCGGGAGCUGAGCUUCGGCUCCUGCCUGGCGGUCCACGUCUUGCCCAAUUUCCUCUUCCUGGCCUUCCUCUCCAACCUGGUGAUGGUGCACUACGAGCGCUACAUCUGCAUCGUCGACCCCCUGCGCUACAACUCCCUGUGGGUGCAUCGCAAUUUCCCGCUGGCGCUGCUGAUCGUGUGGGCGCCCCCGCUUCUGUUCGCCUCCAUGCCCGCCUUCGGGUGGCACAGCUGGUCGGGGCCCGACUGGGACGACUGCUGCGAGAGCUCCCAGAAGCCGCCGGCGCUCUCGAACUGCACCAACCUGACCUCGUGCUGCUCCUACCGGCGCGUCUUCCCCAACGCGUUCAUCUACCUGGAGGUGUACGGGCUCGUUUUACCGGCGAUCCUCCUGGUGGCCGGCAUGACCGGACGCGUGCUGUGGAUCACCCGGGGCCAGAUGAAGGACAUUUGCCGCCUCCACAGGGCGGUGAAGCGAGGCAGCCGGGCGUCGGAGCAAGAGCAGCGGCUGAACCUGCGGUACACGCGCUGCGUGGUGGCGGUGUCCCUGACCUUUCUGGCCUGCUGGGUGCCCUACCUGAUCUACAUGCACGUCUGCAUCGCCUUCCUGAUCAGCGACACCAAGAGGAGCUCCGUCACCCACAUCGUGCUGUCCUGCACCGGCAUCGGAAGCAUGGCCGUGGUGCCGAUGGUGCUGGGCCUGGCCAACAAGCAGUACACGGAACCGGCGUUCAAGCUCCUCCAAAAGCUCAGAGACAGGUGGAGGGCGCGGGGCUCCGAGGAGACGGCGAUCUGAGAUAAAGCGCUGGCGGAUUGAUAUUUAUUGAGUUUUCUGCAAAAAAAUCUAGAUUGGAAAGAGUUUGCGGCAGCUUGUUUUUUUUUUUUAUGAUUCGAAUUACGGUACCGUUAAGGUCAUAUGUUCUCUGUCAGAAACUGCACAUACCAAAGUCAAUGUGGGAAACCCUCUCUGAAGUUGUUAGCACUAAUGUCUCCCUUACAUGCAGUAGAAAAAUGUCAUAUCAGAGUGAAUAUGUUAAAAACGUCAUCAGCAGAGGAAGACUGACGGCGGGUGAAGGUCCAUAAUUAAACAGGUAUUUUAGCUCUCACACUAAAUUAAAACCUAUAUAACGUUUUUAAGGGAAGAAAAAAAGUUUUCUCAACAUUUCCUAUAAAAAUGUCGUACUUUCAUGUUUUGGAACAAAGAAAAGCAUAAAGGCUUUGGAACACGAGGAAAUUGCAAUACAUUUCUUUAAGUUGAAGGUUGCAUGUUUUUGGGAAGUGGAGGGGAAAAAAAACACCAUUUCCUUGUGACUUACCGUCAAGGAAAAAGACAUCCCCCUUAUCCCAUUAGUGUC